AAAAGCCCUUUUUUAGUCCCUAUAUCGAAAAAAUCCCCUUUUUGAUCCUUACUGUUUACAAAUCCGGCCCCUUUUUAGUCCCUCCGUUAAAUUUUAGCUGACGUGGCAAGUUAAUUAACGGAAACACUCCUUUCUUUUUUUUAUUAAAUUACGUGGAUUUUCCACGUAGCAAAAAUUGAUGACAUGUUAAAUUUUUAAUUUUUAAUUACUGAUAUACCCUCAUCUUCUUCCCCGGCUUCUCCUUCCUCCAACCUUUUUUUUUCUUUUACCUCCAAGCAAUCCCAAGAGCCUGGGUUCGCAAAACCUAAAAGGCAGCCAUAACGAACAAACAAAAUGAACCAACCAGUGUUAAUAUCAAGCAGAGAACAAACAAAAUGAACCAACCAGUGUUAAUAUCAAGCAGAGAACAAACAAAAUAAACCAACCAGUAUCCGCAGAAUGAACUGGAGACCCGCAAAAUGAACUGCAGACCCGCAGAAUGACACUGUACACCCAUUUUUCUAGACCCUCCAACAUGGAUGACAAAGCAAAGCGGCCGUCCCCUCUGUUGCUUUUUCUCAGUAAAGAUGAAGAGAAGAUGUGCUUCUCCUCGAUCGGAGAUGAAAAACAUCAUUUUGUCCAAACAACACCUCCGGAGCUGCACGGCAAAGAAGUCCAGGCUUACUAUCAUGGUUGGUUUAUCUUGCUUGACAAAGAGAAUCAGCAGAGAUGGAUCUGGAGUCUAUGGUACCAGGAAAAAAGGUACUCUCUCUGGAAUCCCCUGACUUUCGAGUCAAUAAACCUACCCCCUCUUACCUUGAAGGCCAAACGAGAAAUCGGCUUCUGCAUAUUGUCUUCCCCUCCCGGUAAUCCUGAUAGUAUGCUUAUAUUAUAUGAAACAAAGGAUCCUUCGUUAAUCUUUUUUAGGAUUGGAAUUGCGAUUGGGUAUAAACAGUGGAUCCACCAAACUAUCAAAUUAAUGUUGGAUAAGUAUGAUGUUCUCACUAAUCCUGUCAUCUGCAAUAGAACGUUAUAUUGUCAUACUUUUAGUCGUCCCAAACUGGUAAAGAUUGAACUCGGCAUGCCGGACUUCCGUCUUCCACUGACUUUGUUUGAGGAGUGCAUACCAAGUUUCGGAGAAGAUUCAAUAAUGUUUAGUAAUUAUAUGAUAGAAUCAUGUGGUGAGCUCUUUCUAAUUUAUUUGGUUAAAAGAGCGUCAGUUGAUGGACAACAAUCUCCACUGCAAGUAAUUUCUGUAGAGGUUUUUGGACUGGAUUUCUCAGCCAUGGUAUGGAACAAGGUUGAAAGUAUCAAGAACAGAGCAUUCUUUGUUAGUGUGAUAUCGUCCUUCUCUUGCCCAGUAACUUCAUUGCCAGAAAGCCAUAUCUAUUUUACAUUACCUAUGGAUAAAAGCCUCUACUCAUUCAAUAUGGAUGACAAAACUGUUUCAGUUUCUUUGGCUGGUCCGAAUUUUCCAAUCUCAUGUUGUUCGCCCAUCUGGAUCAUGGCAGACUUGAGGCUAACCAAUAUCCUAAGACAAAGUAAGGGUGACAUACAAGUAGAAAGGAAGGAGAUACAACUACCUAAAAAUAGAGAAAUUGUAAAGCAUGGCAAGCUUGAACAAGUAGAUGGGGAUUUUGUUAAGCUUCCUUUAGAUGUGUUAUUUGCAAUUGGAAAGUGCCUUGCACCACAUGACUACCUGAACUUUCGGUCUGUCAAUAAAAGGUUUCGAAUGUCAGCCCCUCCAAUCCGGUGGACAAGUGCAGCCUUAGAAGGUUUUGAAGGUUAUAAUUUUCUACUGCCUUGGCUUAUGUUAUGUAGAAAAGGUGACAGUAUUUGCAGCUUCAUUGAUCUUUGGGGCGCGAAAUAUCCCUUGGUCAUCCCCAAUAAUCAAUUGAAAAAUGUCACGAGGUGCUAUUCAAGGGAAGGUUGGUGUCUAAUGUUACAAGGAGAACAUUCCAUAUUUCUUUGGAAUCCUUUUGCAGAGAAAAUCAUUCUGCUCCCAGAUCUGCCCUGGGAAGGUAGAACAAUUCAUUGCUUCGGUUUCUCUUCCUCAAUUGAUUGUGUUGUUUUGAUUGGUGUUACUACUUACGGAUAUGAUUGCAUUGACUACAUCUUUUUGGAGGAAGGACGAUGGAAUAGUCUUCAUGCAUCUUUGGACUUGUUUGUACUUGCUGGCUGCAGUAAUUUGACAUUCCAUGAUGGGGCUUUCUACACUUUUGAUAAGAAUGGAAAGCUAUUCACAUUUAAAGAAGGCGCAUUCAAAUUUUUUGACAAGCCUGAACAGCCUUGCUGUUUUCACCAAUGCUAUUUGGUAGAAUGUGAUGGGAAGCUUUUGUCAGUGUUUGUGGGUUUCUUAGGAAAGUGGAUUCGAAUUUUCAGCUUAAAUGAGUCCCAGAUGGUCUGGGUUGAAGUUAAGAGUCUUGGAAGCUAUACAAUUUAUGUUAGCUAUUAUUCAUCUUUUGCCAUACCAGCAACUCAUGGAAUGGAGAACAGAGUUUAUUUCCCAAGAUUCUAUGGCAAGAAUGCUGUCUACUAUUCUCUUAGCUCCAGAAAGUUACACUCUCAUAGUACUGAAGAAGUCCUAGACAGCUUUAACAACACAAAAGAACAAUUGUAUUCUAGUUGGAUUCAACCCAAGUGGUCUUAGAUCACUAAAAAACUUUCUCAUGGUUCAUAGAAUGCAAGGUAACUAAAGCCUUAAACUACUCUCAUAAAUAUGGCUACAAAUGUAAGUUGAUGGCACCAGCUGUCAAAACAAGCCAGAUUUAUUCAGUCUUCUGAGGGUUGAUUGUAUCAUUACACCGUCACAUUCUCUUAAAGAAUCUGUUACUCUUCCCGAUAAAGCACUCCUUUCUUAGGUAAUUGCUAAUCUGCAGCCCAGUAGGAAGUAUGGAGGUGGGGUCCCAUGUGCCAAGACAAGAUGCAUAUCUCUUCCUUUAAUUAAAUUUUAUUUGAAUUAGGUGACUAAGAGAGAUUUUAGGAGGAGAUCAUGCUAGGGUUAAUUACAGUCAUUGGAGAGGUCAAAUACAGUUGACAGACUUGGAGUAAAAAUGGGAAACUAUUGCUGCUAACGGAGAAGACUGAACAUGUACAGAAAGUGGUGAGAAGUGGACCAAAAAACAUGGGAAACACCUUCAACAGCAAGGUAAAAGCAUCUUCUUUGAUAGAAAUUAGUUUUUCAGGUCUAGCCCUCUCGAAAAUCAUGCAGCAUGCCACAAUUUUAGAUUUCCAGAUUUUAUCAACCAGCCUGCAGCAUAGAUUUCCAUAUUAAAGUUCAAAGACCCAUUCUUGUUUGUAGCUUUAGUUUAAAUCUUUUGUUUUAUCUGAAGAUUUCUAUAACGAUUGCAUCUUUGUUAAUAUUUGAAGAUUUGGAAGAAUUAGGUUGUAAUUUUCCAAAUCUUAGAUUAAUUAGCAAUUAAAUUGUGUUCUAGUUUAAUUUAGCAUUAGAUCUUCAAGUAGUUUAAUUGGUUUUAGAUUAAUUUGAGAGUGUUCUUAAUUUCUCUGAAGUUGAGUUUUUGGAAUUCAUCAUGGUUUUGUCCAGUCAUUUGUUUUUGAAUUUCCUUUGGAUGCAUGCUGUUUUUGUGUUGUUUUUAGUUAAUUUAUUUAGGAUAUUUGUGUUUAGUUUAGGAUUUAUGCCUUUUUAUAGAUCUUUGUGGUUUUAAAGUUCUUGGAGUUGUUUAAGGCAAGUAGUAAUCUAUUUCACAAAACACCACUCUCUAUUUUGUAGCAUCGUCUGAGGCAUAAAACAUUUAAAAAUAG